GGCCACGACGGUAAAUUGGGCAGAAAGACAUUUUGAAUUUCUUCAAGCCAAUCCAACAAUCGUAAAUCAUCCACCGGAUGACACCGACCGUUCGCUUAAGAAAUCGGAAUUUUACCGGAUCGAACGCGCGUGGUCUGAUGCACGAAUGAAAUUAGACGGAAAUAGAGUAUAUAUCCGAGAAAGG